UAAACCGGAAGUGAACGGGGCUCUUCCGGUUUAGCGGCGCGGCCGGAUCUGUCUGGGGAUUCCUGAGCGGUCCCAGAGGGUCCUGGGGUGUCUGGGGUUCCCUGAGCGGUCCCGGAGGGGCCGGGGGUGUCCAGCCGGGGGUCUCUGAGGGGCUGAGGGGUCCCCGGGCCGGGGGCCCCGGCGCUGCCGCGAUGUCGAUGUCGCACCUGUACGGCACGGACGGCGCCGAUGGCGUGGAGAUGGAGAGUUUCGAGGUGUCGGACUGGGACCUGCAGAACGAGUUCAACCCGCACCGGCAGCGGCACCGCCAGACCAAGGAGGAGGCGACCUACGGCGUGUGGGCCGAGCGCGACUCGGACGAGGAGCGGCCGAGCUUCGGCGGGAAGCGCUCCAGGGAUUACUCCGCCCCCGUGAGCUUUGUCAGCGCCGGGCUCAGGAAGGCAGCGGCCGAGGAACAGUCGGAUGAGGACUCCGAUGAGGAUGAGAAACCUGGGAAGCAGGAGGAGAUCCCCAAGGAGUUUGUGCCCAAGAAGUUGAAAACAGGAGGAAAUUUCAAGCCCAGCCAGAAAGGCUUUGUAGGGGGCACCAAAUCUUUCAUGGAUUUUGGCAGCUGGGAGAGACACACUAAGGGAAUUGGGCAGAAGCUUCUCCAGAAGAUGGGAUAUGUCCCUGGAAGAGGUCUUGGGAAGAAUGCUCAAGGUAUCAUCAAUCCCAUCGAGGCCAAGCAGAGGAAAGGCAAAGGUGCCGUGGGGGCCUAUGGCUCUGAGAGGACCACUCAGUCCCUGCAGGACUUCCCUGUGGUGGACUCAGAAGAGGAAGCUGAGGAGGAAUUUCAGAAGGAGCUCAGUCAGUGGCGGAAGGACCCGAACGGAGGCAAGAAGAAGCCCAAGUACAGCUAUAAGACAGUGGAAGAGCUGAAAGCCAAGGGCAGGAUCAACAAGCAGCUUGCAGCCCCUCAGAAGGAACUGUCCCAGGUCAAGGUUAUAGACAUGACAGGCCGGGAGCAGAAGGUUUAUUACAGCUACAGCCAGAUCAGCCACAAGCACAACAUCCCAGAUGACAGCCCCCAGCAGCCCCUGGGCAAGGACUCCAAGCCCCAGGGGUUUGCCCUGCCUGAGCUGGAGCACAACCUGCAGCUGCUGAUCGACAUCACGGAGCAGGAGAUCAUCCAGAACGACCGGCAGCUGCAGUACGAGAGGGACAUGGUGGUCAACCUGAGCCACGAGAUCCAGAAGAUGUCCGAGGUGCUCUCGCACGAGGAGAAGGCCAUCAGCAACCUCAGCAAGGUGCUGGACAUGGUGGAGGAGUGUGAGAGGCGGAUGCAGCCUGGCUGUGAAAACCCUCUGACCUUGGAUGAGUGUGCAAAGAUUUUUGAGACACUUCAGGACAAGUACUACGAGGAGUACAGGAUGUCAGACAGGGUGGACCUGGCAGUGGCCAUAGUUUAUCCUCUCAUGAAGGAUUAUUUCAAGAACUGGGAUCCCCUCAAGGACUGUUCCUAUGGCACAGAGAUCAUAGCCAAGUGGAAGAGCCUUCUGGAAAAUGACCAGCUGUUAUCCCACAGUGGGCAGGACCUGUCGACAGAUGCUUUCCACAGACUGAUGUGGGAGAUCUGGAUGCCAUAUGUCAGAAACAUCGUGGCACGGUGGCAGCCAAGGAACUGUGGAUCCAUGGUGGAUUUCUUGGAUAGCUGGGUAAACGUUGUUCCUGUGUGGAUACUGGAUAACAUUCUGGAUCAGCUCAUCUUCCCCAAGCUACAGAAGGAGGUUGAAAGCUGGAAUCCGCUGACGGACACGGUCCCGAUCCACUCCUGGAUCCACCCCUGGCUGCCCCUGAUGCAGGCACGGCUGGAGCCACUGUACUCUCCCAUCAGGAACAAGCUGGCCAAUGCCCUGCAGAAGUGGCAUCCCAGUGACUCCUCUGCCAAGCUCAUCCUUCAGCCCUGGAAGGAUGUGUUCACUCCUGGCUCGUGGGAGGCUUUCAUGGUCAAAAACAUUGUGCCUAAACUAGGGAUGUGUUUGAACGAGCUCAUCAUCAACCCUCACCAGCAGCACAUGGAUGCCUUUUACUGGGUGAUCGACUGGGAGGGGAUGAUUUCUGUCUCCAGCCUUGUUGGGCUGCUGGAGAAACACUUCUUCCCAAAGUGGCUGCAGGUGCUCUGCUCUUGGCUCAGUAACAGCCCCAACUAUGAAGAGAUCACCAAGUGGUACCUGGGCUGGAAGUCCAUGUUCUCAGACCAGGUGUUGGCACAUCCCUCCAUCAAAGACAAGUUUAAUGAAGCUCUGGACAUCAUGAACCGGGCCGUGUCCUCCAGCGUGGGGGGGUACAUGCAGCCGGGGGCCCGGGAGAACAUCGCCUACCUGACGCACACGGAGCGGCGCAAGGACUUCCAGUACGAGGCCAUGCAGGAGCGGCGGGAGGCCGAGAACAUGGCCCAGCGUGGCAUCGGUGUGGCUGCCAGCUCCGUGCCCAUGAACUUCAAGGACCUCAUCCAGACCAAGGCCGAGGAGCACAACAUUGUGUUCAUGCCUGUGAUCGGGAAGCGGCACGAGGGGAAGCAGCUGUACACGUUCGGCCGGAUCGUCAUCUACAUCGACAGGGGCGUGGUGUUUGUGCAGGGGGAGAAGACGUGGGUGCCCACCUCCCUCCAGAGCCUCAUCGACAUGGCCAAGUGAGGCCCUGCUGGGGACCCAGAGACUUCCCGGGGAAUAGCUUUGGUGUAACUCUUAGAAUAAAGAAGUUACAGGUUUGUAAAUAGUGAAA